AUGGUGAAAUCUUGUUCGUCUACUACGUUGAAUAACAUUAAGAAAAAAACUUCGGAAUUAUCUACGCUGUGUAGCGUUGAUGUGUGCAUCUUAUCUUUCUCGGCCGACGGAAGAGAAGUGGAGACUUGGCCGGAAAAUCCUAACCAACUCAAACCCAUUCUCAGGCGAUACAAGGAACACCGAUCCUCCAAAUUACUUAAUAGUAGUAAUAAUAAGAGCGGAGUCGGAGGAACAACCGAUCAAUUUCGACGACGAACAAGUCCCCGGCCCCCCUGUUCUUGGAAUAGAGAUUCUAUUUUAUCGUUGGUUAAUGGUUUGUCCUCAAAUUCUUUAAAGAUUUUCUCCGACCAAAUCGCAGCAAAGCUUCACAUCAUCAAUUCUAAAAUGGAGUUCCUCAAAUCGCAGCAGCAGCAAAGCUUCUCCAAUCUUUAUAAUUCAGAAAAUAAUGCUGGUUAUCAACUCUUUACUCCCGAUCCGCAGCCGCCGGCGGCAUCUCAUUUUUAUUCCGACGACAUUUAUUCUGAUGAAAUAAUAUCACUUAUUGACGAUCUACCCAUCGUGUCAGAAACUAUUUGCGUUCCUCCUGUUGUUUCUGAUGAUCUUCCGUCAUUGCCAUGGGCAGAGGACAUUAUUAAUGGUGGUUGGCAGAUGCAGAUGGAUCAACAUCUCAAUUUCAAUCCUCAAGUCCCCUCCUCCUCAAAUACAGCAGGGGACAUUAUUAAUGGGGAUUGGCAGAUGCAGAUGGAUCAACAUCUCAAUUUCAAUCCUCAAGUCCCCUCCUCCUCAAAUACAAUAAUAAACCAAGCAUCAUCGGACUGGCUUUUGUCAUCUCUUUGUUCCGAUGAUCACAUGCAAUUUGCACCGCCCGCGCAGCAAUCGCAACAGCUCUCUGCAUUAAUGGACGAGUUCCUGCGCGAAUGUUUUUAA